AUGCAGUCCCUCCAAAAGCCAGUGUUGGUCAGGGAGAUACUCUCAACAGACCUCCGCACCCCGAGCGACACCGCGUUUGGCAUUCGCGCUCUCAUGCUGUUCCUUGGCCUGGCAGCAGCAGAGCACCCUCCAGCCGAUCAACUAUGGCAGGUCAAGCCUGCAAUGAACACCAAUGACUUACUCUUCGCCGGAUGGCACCAGAUCCCUAUCGUCAAGGAGAUUAAAGUAUACAAUGGCGUAUCGGCCGGCCGCACUUAUGCACAUCAUCCAGAAUUGUUCUAUUUGGAGAGCAAGACGUAUCUUAUCUUUUCGUCUGCUCCAGUGGACGAGGACAGCAUGGGACAAGAUGUCCGGAUCUCAGUCUCCGGGGAUGGUGGCUUGACUUGGAGCGCGAAUCGAGUGGUCAUGCCAGCAGCGCUUCUGCCGAAUCAGACAGAUACUAAGAAUUUCGAGUACUGGUGCAGUCGCAACAUAAUCCAAAGAGCUUGGCAGGCCCUGACAUUCGUCCACAUCCGAGAAUCGGACAAGCUCUACGCCAUAGGGCAGGGUGCAAGCGUAGCAUGUCCAGGAGACAAACAGUCUGCUGGGCGCAUUGCAGUCCUAAUCAACAAAGAACUUGGCUCUGCAGCUGGUGAUCCAUGCUGGAUCGAAAAGAACGAAUACACAGGACCUCAGCUUUUCUCACAGACUGUCUAUGGGAUCAAAUAUGGCAUGAAAGACUGUGCAGAUGCCGAGAAAAUCAAUGCCAUCCUUCGAGAGCCAGAUCAAGCACCCGCAUGGUCUCCAUGGCUCUACAACCAUAAGGGCCUGUUCUCUUUCAGCUGCACCUCUACUGUAGGUCGGCAGUAUCAGCCACCUAUGGACCUUCUAAUGGCGCCGUCGCUUCCAAUAGACUAUAUAGCACCUUCCUAUAACGCACUUGUUCACUUUCAGUAG